UUCCCACGCUGUGUCUGCGAAUGGGGUGACCAUGGAGGACCCCAUGGAGAUCAUCAUCACCGUGAGCGACCAGAACGACCACAAACCCCAGUUCACCCAGAGCGUCUUCACAGGCUCCAUAGAAGAAGGAGCCAAGCCAGGUACCUCUGUGAUGCAAGUGACAGCCACAGAUGCAGACGAUAGUGUAAACACCUAUAAUGGGGUCAUUACUUACUCCAUCCUGCAGCAGAUACCUGAACAACCCCACAGCCAGAUGUUCACCAUCAACUCUGAGAAUGGCGUCAUCAGUGUGAUUGCAACUGGGCUGGACAGAGAGACUGCCCCCCAGUACAGGCUGAUAGUGCAGGCUGCAGAUCUGCAGGGACACGGGUUCACAGCCUCCGCCACUGCUGUCAUCGAGGUGCAGGUCAAAAACAUGUCCGAGGCCCCUAGCAGCUCCCUGACCGUCCACGUGUUGAACACUCUGACCGGCCAGCCCGCAACAGGCCUGGCCAUGCACCUGUCCCAGCUCCAAGGCCCCGGGCUGCAAUGGAUGGAGCUGAUGAAGAGCUCUACCAACGUGGAUGGGCACUGCCCGCUCUUCCUGGCUCCUGGGCAGGUGAAGGCUGGCACGUACAAGCUGCACGUCGACACUGGGGCUUACUGGCAGCAGCUGGGCUACACUAGCUUCUACCCCUAUGUGGAGGUUGUCUUCACGGUCACAGAGCAAACCCGGAAGCUGCACAUCCCUCUGCUGAUCAGCCCCUUCUCCUAUACCACCUACAAGGGGAGCUAGAGCACAGGGGAGAGCAGGUGGGCAUGGUGCAGGGACUAGCCCCCCCGGCCGGCCUGGCCAUGGCUCCAGAGAUGGGCCGGAGGAAGUGACGCGAGGGAGGGCUCAGGGUGGGCUGCGCUAUUAA